CGAUCCCUCGCUGCUGGUGCUGUGACGUUAAAGAUAUUUCUCUGUUCUCUAUCUGAAAUAUAAGUGCGACUAAAAGGCGUUUUAAUCGACAAUUAAUAGGAAUAAAUAAUAAAUAAAUAAUUAACAGCAAAAUAUGGCCGCUGUGAGUUCAAUAUCAAAUGUUGAAAAUCUUUCGCCACAAAUAAUACGACGUGUGGCAAAAGAAAUGACCGAGCUAACGACUCAACCACCCGAGGGCAUACGCGUUAUUUUGAACGAGGAUGAUGUCACAGACAUUCAGGCUAUCAUCGAGGGUCCUUCUGGAACACCCUAUGCUGGCGGAUAUUUUCGAGUAAAAUUAGCUCUCGGUAAAGACUUUCCACAAGGACCACCUAAAGCAUUUUUUCUUACAAAAAUAUUUCAUCCUAAUGUCGCGAAAAAUGGAGAAAUAUGUGUUAAUACGUUGAAAAAGGAUUGGAAAUCAGACCUCGGAAUCCAACAUAUAUUAUUGACAGUAAAAUGUUUAUUGAUAGUGCCAAAUGCCGAAUCUGCAUUAAAUGAAGAGGCUGGUAAAUUAUUAUUAGAAAGGUAUGAUGAUUAUUCCGAAAGAGCAAAAAUGAUGACAGAAAUACAUGCACAGGGAGGCGGUAAAGGCAGUAAAGCAGGUCUGGAAAGCUGUGCUUCCUCCGAAGUUGGAGGACCCCUGCCAAAGAAGCACGCAGGUGAUAAAAAACUAACAGCGGAAAAGAAAAAGAUGUUGAAAGAUAAAAAAAGAACGCUUAAAAGAUUAUAAGACAAAACUGGUUUUCCCCUUUGUCUUUUUCUUUUUUUUUUUUUUUUUUAUAUAAUUUAAAAACACUGGUGUGUUAAAGAUGCCUCGUAUUGUACACAAUUAUUAUUAUUGCAUAGUAAACAAAUUUAUUAUCUAAACUCGACUGAUCUUAUUAUUAAGCAUUUAGAGAAUUGAAUUAAUUUAUAGAGUCAGUGCGCGAUGACUUCCUAAAUUAUAUGAAAAAGCAAGUACAAUUCUGUAGUGAUCUCUGCAAUCGUGGACUGAGUUUAACAGUCGUUAGGUCCGUGGCUCUGUGGCCUCUACUAGUAAAUAUUUUUACAUAUGUACAGAAUGACAAAUCGUGUGAUUAUUUAAAUAAAAUAAAUUAUUCUCCGUACACACAGGAAAUAAAGCAUCCAUCUUUCUUCUUCUCUUAUUUUUCAAUCUUUAUCAUUAUAUAUUCAAAAUAUCAAUAAUAACAAAAGGGUAUAUAUGUACAUGAAAGAAGAGACACUAAAAGGAUGAUGUUGUAUUAUUUACAAGGAUUAUAUUAUUUUAGGUAAGCGAGAAGAAUCAAAUUAUGAGAAAAUAUUAUUUCUUUUUUAUUUAGUAACUAAUCGUCACUUUCUUUUCUUCAGUCUUGCAUAGCUCUGCAUUGCGGUUCCUUUGCUGUGUCAAUAUAAAGUCUCCCUCUCUCCCUCUCUCUCUCUCUCUCUCUCGUAAUACAUUAUAUUACAUGCCUAAUACUGCCAUAGGUUAAAUAAUCAUAAUGUCAAUAUGAUCUCUGACUAGUUAACGCAUAUCACAGUCUUAUUACUCUGCUAUCAGAUAUCAUCUACGUAUAGUAGUGGCAUAUAUGUGUAUGGAUAUGUAUAUAUAUAUAUAUAUAUAUAUAUAUAUAUAUAUAUAUAUAUAUACAUACGUAUAUAUACACGUAUAUAUCAAUGAUUGAGAGCGAUAUGUGAAACAUUACAAAAAUAUAAUAUCAAUAACAAACAUUAUUAUUUUCAUAAUUGAAAAAUAUCUCACAAAAUAGUAAUGGAUUCGCUAAGAUCAAGAUGACAAUGCUUUAAAAUUAAUCAGAUUCGGGGCUAGAAGCACAUUCCGUACUUUGAUAAACAACAACUGUUAAAGAUGAAUUUGUUUGUAUUUAUCAAUAUACUGAGCACACACGCGCGGUAAUAGUACAUACAAAUUGCAUACAGUCUUUACAGCAUAUCAUUACUUUUUUUUUUUGUUCUUUUUCUUUUUUUUCUUUCUUUCCUCCUUCCCUCCUCCUUCCCCCUCCUUUCUUCCUUCCUCCUUUUAAUGAGUCAUAAAAAAAUCUAUUAACUUCUAUAAAUCAUGUUUUGAAUCCCUCUAAAAAUUGUAUGCCAAUUUCCGAAGGAAAUGUCAAAAAUAAAAAAAAAA